AUGCCCCGAUGGGGAAGACCACCGGGGGCACGAAUGGGGAGACACAACCGGGGAGGACGUGCGCAGUGGGAGGAGUCGAGACGAGUGGAGGAGGUUGAGAGUGAGGAAGAUGAGGUUGAUGCAUAUGGGCGCGAGCUGGUGCGGAAGGCUCGCGCAGGGUACAUGCGGCAGCUGGAGUACGGCAGUCGGGGCCCGCGCAGGCGGUCCGACUAUGAUGAGAUGACCGACGAGACGGAAUCGGUCGAGGGAGGGGAAUUCGACCUGUACGAUCAUGAAGAUAGCACGGUGGCCUAUGCGGUGCAAUUGGCCAUGCGGGACAAGGAGGAUCAACUGGUGGAGAAGGCUUUGGAGCGCAUUCGUCGCGCCCAGAUGUUAGGGAAGAAAAAUGUGCGACUGUCACAACGGGAGCUUGAUGCCUUGGAGCGCAAACGUCAAAAGACGGACAACGAGAACUCGAGCGGCUCGCGUCGCAACAACAAGCAAACUGGCAAUGCGACCAACUCUCGGCCAGUGUCUCGACGAAAUGCUCCCCUAGCACCUGAGCAACAAUCGGGCCCUUACCCACAUUUUGUACCGGAUCCUAGCUGGGGCACAGGCGCGCACGGCCGACCUUCGAGCUCGUCAUCUGCACGUCCACGUACCCCGACAAUGCAAUCGUUACGCCCUCAGCAAUCCAAUUCUCCUCUGCGACCAACCUACGCACCGUAUCCUAAUUCCCCCGCCGGUGGUCGUCCACAAUCGAUGCAGCAGCCAAUAUAUUCCCGGCCUUUGCCCGAUGAUCCUCAAUGGGCACCACCAUAUUACACCGCGAUGCCGAUGAGCCCUUACGGGCCCGAGCCACCCCCUUACCCGCCGCCGCUACCGACUGAUCUUCGAGUUGGACCUCAAAGUCGGAUGACCUAUCCUGCGGGAAUGUCGCCGAUUCAAGCCCAACACCGACAGUCUCUGGAUGGUCGCCAUUCGAUGGGUGCGCAGCCUCGAAAUGGGCGUCCUGGACCUUCUGAGUCUGAUUCGGAGAUGUCCAGCGAGGAGGAAGAGGAAACCGAAAGCAGUGAGGAGGAAGAUAAUAAUGAGGAGGUGCAGAUCGUGAAGGUGGUGCAACGUGCGGCUCCAUCGGGAGUACAGAGGCGCACUGUCUCCGGAGGUAGUCGAGGCAGUCGAAGUGGUCGCGCGCGAAAAAGUCGAUGA